AUGGGAAGGAGGAAUGGACCUAAAAGACAAAAGAAAUUCCUCGAAAAUUGGGGUUCCCUUCCAAGUGAGCUUCUUGAUUCGAUACUCGAAAGCUUGCCAUCCAUCUUCGACUACAUCCAGUUCAGUUUGGUUUGCAAGCAUUGGCGAAAGGUUGCGUUAAAUCAGAAGGAGCAGCGUCUCAGAUCUUGUCACAAACAGCUAGCUCCAUUGCUGUUGCUUAAUUCAACCAAGAACAGCAACCAAACGCGUGCCUUGUACAGUGUCACACAAGGUAAGGUUGUUCAUAGAUUUAAUCUCCCUAAUCAUCGUUACGACGAGGAUACCUGGUUGUGUGGUUCUUCCCAUGGUUGGUUGGCUUAUGCCGACGCCAGUUUCAUGGUGACCCUAGUAAACCCUUUCACCAGAGGCACCAUUAGGCUUCCACAAGUCAUGGAAGUUGUGAAGUCCUCCAGACCAGAAUGCAACUCGGAGUUUCAGAUCAGUAAAGUUGUAUUGUCUGCUAACCCUAGUUUGUUUCCUAAUGACUAUGAAGUUCUUGUUAUCUUUGAGAAUGAUGAUGGGGUUACCAAGGAACUAGCCCAUUUUAAGUCCGGGGACAAUUCCUGGACUCGCUCCGAUAGAAGAAUGAUCGAGGGACUUGAUAUUAUUGAUGCAACUUAUUACAAAGGCCGGUUUGUAGCUCUAACUGGUUUCGAUUCUGAUCCCGACCAUGGUGUUAGUAAGGUUCAUCCAAGCAUAGAAUGCAUCUCACACCCACACGAACUUUUCCUUCAGAAGACGUCAUUUCUUGUGAAAUCGACCUGUGAGGAUCUACUGCUCGUAAAUACAAGUUUAGAUAUGGGAAGGUGUUUCGGCGGCACCAGGAUUUUCAAGUUGGGAAGGUCAUGCGGACCCCAAUGGGUAAAGAUGGAGAGUUUUGGGACUGAUGCUUUGUUUCUGGAUAACAUGAAUGCCAUUUGCGUUUCUGCUUCAUACUCGGGGUGUCAUCCAAAUUCGAUAUACCUAUUGGAAGGUGUUGUCAACUUAAGUAGCGGAGAGGAGACGUGGUUUAAACGACCAAUAACAUGGGGGACAAGAUCAAUAACAUGGAUCGCACCCACUAUGGCGUUUUCCAUAUGA